AAAUAAAAAUCUGUCUUGAAAAUCACACUAACAAAAUAAUUUUAGACGACUUUUGAUAAGUAUUUGAAAAAUGUUGGCAUCAAGAAAUAGUUUGGGAAAUGCCUACUUGGACCACAAGCUAACACCAGUAGAGACUUCUGAGGUUUUGACUGUUGCGUGGACCAAUACAGCUGAUAAACUGGGUGUAUAACGUCAACACAAACAGCCUGUUUUUAAGAAUUUAUGACCACCAUUUAAAUCUCUAGUAAAAAUUAUAGCACAAACAUGACACCAAGUAUCAGAGAUACUAUAAAUCUUCAGACCAAUUUAAAGGCCACACAUUCUUUCUCGUUCAGUGGAAUCCUCACCCGCAGCUUAAAAACAAACUUACUUCAAACAGUAAAUAGUAACGCAUCUCAUGAGCUAUAAAAGUGAAAAUUAUGGAACAAGACGCUGUAGCAUUAGCGGAUCCAAACUGUCGCUUUUUUUUUUUCUUUUUCUUUUUUGCUAUGUUAGCAACCGCAUUUAUGACCACUUACAGCACACAAUAAAAAGGUGAAGUCAUUGUUUGCUCUUGGCUAAAAGUAUAUAAUUGCAACAUUAUCGACAUUUCAGAUGAAAAGCUAUGAUUAACAUAAAUGUGGGUCAUUUUCCAAGAUUAAAAAAACUCUUAAUUUAAAGGUCAAAUUAAAGGACAAAACAAACAAAUCUCAUUUGAAGGUUUUUCAAACCCAACCAGACUCUCCAAACAGGACCGAACAAGAAAGAAUGAAUAAAAAGUUAAUUCGAUAAUGGAAAGAUGAGUCCCACUGUUAUAUAAUCACGCGCUCUGCUCGGCCCUCCCGUUGUCUACAUCAGCUCAGCUCCUGGUUACAAAGCAAACAGCACACAGAGCCUGUUGGGAAGAACACUGGCACCCAGGACAGAUCUUUUCAUGCCGUCCUGGGAGGAGGACGGCCUGAGCAUCACUUAAUUACUAGAAAAGCUACUAUUUCUUUUUGCUCCGUUUGAAUUAAUCAUGCAAUAAUCCAUGAAGGACUCUACAUUCGAUAAAGGCAACGACAACAUGCCUCCUGCCCUGGUGAGCACUUUGCAUCAAGUACCACUGACUGUUUUUUUUUUUUUUUUUUUUUUUUUUUUAAAGAGUAAUGUCUAUUUACAGUGACAAAGAGGAAGUAGUGCUGUUCCUUGGAGCUCCAGCACUGAUAUCUCAUUUCGGACCCAACCAUCUUCUUCUGGGAUAACAAAGCUGCAAAACAGAAGUCCUUAUACAUGUACAUUUUUUCCUAAGGAACACGGGGACAUCUUACUUUCUUUAAGAAGAAAGGACUUCACUGGAUGUCAUCAGGACAUUGUUUUGUGAAGCUGAAAAGUCGACUAUAUAUGUGGAGCUGAAGAAGAUUUAGCUGUUGAAUAACUGCAAGAAAUAUCUUGAAACCUUCCCUCUUUGUGAACACAGUAUAGAUGUUAAUGGAGGAGCGACCCGUGUGAUUCUAACAGCUUAAGUAAUUGCUAUCAUUAUCAAAGUGCCGGCUGUCUCAGUGGACUGCAAUUAUGUUUGUUUAAGUAGACAUGAAUUGGAUCAAACAGAUUAGUUGCCCGCAUGCUGCAUCCCAUUCGGAUACUUAACACUGACAGUAUAUUGGAUUACGGGGCUUUUUUACUGGGACUGGAUGGAGACUCCUGGGCUCCAGACGAACAACAGCGGCCUUAACCAAAUCAGCAAAGGAGACGGAGCUUUGAUUAAAACUUUGGUGCCCUUCCUGGACGGACUGAUCCUGCUGACUGGACUUAUCGGUCAAACUCUGGUGAUGAUUAUUCUUACAGGCAGAAGGAAGAAAGAAAGUCAGCCUUCUCACGGUACGGACACCCUGCUGCUGGCUCUCUGUGCUGCUGACCUGUUGCUGUUGCUCUGCCAGCCCUUCCAUACCUACGCCAUCACCCUGGGUUUCUGGCCGUUCGGCGGCUUCCUCUGCAGAGCAAUCAGCUUCCUGGGAGUGGCCUGUUCGACCGCCUCCGUGUUCACCCUGGCGGCUCUGGCAGCCACACGCUACCUGGCAGUGGUGCACCCCACCUGGACCUACCGCGCCAGAAUGAACAGGCGAGUCAAAGUGAUAGUUGCCCUGCUCUGGAUCCCAGCCUCUGCCCUGGCAGCGCCACAGUUUGCCUUCCGCACAAUUACGUUUUCCAACACGGUGUACUGCUUCGCCUUCCUGUCCGACUUCAGCCGGCUGGUCUACAGCAUCGCUCUGUUCGUCUUCGGCUUUGCGCUGCCUUUAAGCAUAAUUGUAGUGAUGUACAGCAAGAUUUACUGCUUUCUUCGGCACGCGCGGCAGACAGGCAACGCCCCGCAGCUCGAGCGCUACCAACAGCAGGUCACUCACACCUCGGCUCUCCUGGUGCUGAUCUUCACCCUGCUGUGGCUGCCCUCCUACAUCCUCAUGUUCUCCAUCAUCAGAGGAACUCUGGCCAGCUCACCCGGCUUCAACACCUUUGCCCUCUUGGCCAGACUCUUGUCUUCCUCAGUAGCUGUGGUCAACCCUCUGCUGUACGGCUUUAUGUCUCAGAAGUUUAGACGAGACUUGGUGGAGAUGGGAAGAGAAAGCUGGACGAGGUGCAGAAGCUGCCUGAUAUGUUGUCCGCGUUUAAUGAGCAGGCACACGGUGCGGCCGUUUGAGCAUCAAACUUCCUCAGACACACCUCAAAACUGACUUUUUUUUUUAAAACCUAAAAUAAAAACAUUGUUGCUCAAUGCAACUUAACUCUGGAAGAAAUCUACAAUCUACUUAAACAUCUCAAUAGUAGAGAUGUUUAAAAAGUCUUAAGAUAAAUUACUUGAUAUAAACAUUCUCAAGUAUUUAAUUUGAGAACAUUUAUAUAGUUUGGAGCAACACAUCUUACGCCAACAGAUGCAAACAAAUCUUGGCAUCUGUGUGUUUAACAAAAAUCACAGAUGCCAUUCUUAUUUGCAACCCCUUUCUUAAU